GCAUAGUCAAGUGAGGUCAUGAAUUUCAACCGCGGGAGUCCUAGCAGCCCUCAGCCUGCGGCAAGGGUUCCCAGAACAUCGUCGGGCGGCUCUGUGGACGGCAGCCGCCCCACGCGGCGCCGCAGCCGUCGGCACACCCGUCCGCACAGCCAUGCCGAGCGGUUUGCAGACGCCAUGCGUGCUGCGCAGGACUCGGAGGGCGUGUAUGAGGAGCAGGCCAAGAUGAUGAUGGAGGAGCUCGACGUCGACGAGCAGCGCCUCUACUCGGAGAGGUUCCACGAGCUCAGGGGCCUCAUGGACCAGUAUGCCUCGUAUGGCGUCAGGCAGGUAUCUGGAUGGAUGGAUGGAGUGAAGAUCCUGGGUGUGCACUGGAUGGAUGGGCGGAUUGCUGGUGUAUGUCAGGUUGAUGAGCGUACCAAGAGGUUGGUGAAGGAGUACGAUAGCGGGGCAGCAGCGGCAGCGGGCCAGGCGGCACCAGACGGGGGUCAGAAGUGUCAGCAGCGCCUUAGGGAGAAGGAGAUGGAGCGUCAGGAGUUGCUCGUUCAGCUCAACCAGCUGCAGAGCGAGUCCUGCCAGCUCCAGAAAUCCGCCUUCAUGGGCAUCGCAUCCAAGGCCAUCAAGCACACACACGGCCGUGAGGACAUAGACAUGGACCCGAUGGACGACGGCCACGCCGCCCCUCCCCCUCCCCAGCCCCAGCAGCCAUCGGGCUUCAUCGGCGGCGAUGUCGAUAGCGAUGACGAAGCCGACCAGCAGCCUCACCCCGAGCCCCAGCAGCAGCAGCAGCAGCAGCAGCAGCCGGAUCAGCUGCUGUUGUUGGUGUCCUCGACGCGUGCCGCAUCGGACGCCCUCUCCCGCAACGUGGCGGACAAGAUCAAGACGGCUGAGGCCCUGCUGGAGGUGAGGGAGCUGCAGCGGGCGGGCGUGUCGCACGCUGAGCGGGCCCUGCUGCAGCGGGGCGUUAGCGGGGAGCGGCCGUCACUGGGGGGUGGAGGGGGAGGGGCAGGAGGGCCUAUGAGCAUCGGUGGGGUGUCGCCCGUGCAGCCAGGUGCAUCCCCAUCCCCUGGUGGUGGUGGUGUGUCUGGUGCGUCGGUGACGGUGCGGGCGUCGGGGGGUGAGGGGGGAUACCCAGCCACCGUGCCGGACGAUAGCCCAUUGGAGCAAAGCUAAGCGUGAGGAAUGGAUGGAUAGAUGGAAUGCGGCAGAGAGGUAGACCGUAGACGGGAGAUGAGAUGCGUGUGAUAUGGCCGCGGGACCUGGCUGACGGACGGUGGCUGCACUGCAUGUACUGAGAUGGACCCGUUUCUUUUGUGGAUGUUCGUGUGUAUGGGGGUUGGAUUGGAUCUGCUUGCAUAAUC